AGACCCUGGUGGUCUGAUGAUUUGGACAUGACCCGACAUUGGCCCUGGGAGGUGAGCAUCCAGGUGAAAAAUGAACAUGUAUGCGGAGGGGCCCUCAUUGACCACAGCUGGGUGGUGACUGCCGCCCACUGCAUCCAAGGCAACAAUGAAUACUCAGUAAUGCUUGGCACCUCCAAGCUGAAGCCCACGGACCCCACCAAGGUCCUCCUGAUCCCCGUGAAGGAUGUCAUUAUGCACCCCAAAUACUGGGGCCAGACCUUCUUCAUAGGUGACAUCGCCCUUCUCCUGCUACACACACCUGCCAUCAUCAGCAAGUUCGUGCAGCCCAUCUGCCUCCCAGAGCCCAACUACAUCCUGAAGGCUGGCAUACAGUGCUGGGUGACUGGCUGGGGCCAGGUUAGACGGCGCUUUUCUGCCAACUCCACGCUGACCCUAGAGCUGCAGGAGGCCGAAGUUUUUAUCAUGGACAACAAGAGGUGUGACCGGAUUUACCGCAAGAACUCCCUCAUGCCCCGAGUGGUCCCUCUUGUCCUGGGGAACAUGGUCUGUGCCACCAAUUAUGGAGAAAACUUGUGCUCUGGGGACUCUGGGGGCCCGUUGGCUUGUGAAGUUGAUGGCAGAUGGAUUCUGGCUGGGGUGUUGUCCUGGGAGAAAGCCUGUGAGAAGGUGCAGAACCCAGGCGUGUACUCCCGCAUCACGAAAUACAGCAAAUGGAUCAAGACUAAAAUAAGCAGUGUGGCUCCCUCAGGUCUGCGCUUCUCUGCCUGGUUCCUGCUCCUGUCCUGGCUGCUGCAGCCCCAGAUGGGCCCCUGA